AUGUCACGCCGCCAUGCUGAAAAGCACUCAAAGCAAGAUAUGCACAUUCGCCGUGCCAAAAACAUCAAGAAAAGGCUUUCUGAGACCAGAAAGCCACGUGUCUCUGCUGCAGCGCCUGUUAGCCCUGAUCCUUCACUCUCCCCUGCUGGUCACGAUGACUUCAGCAUCGAUUUCAAUUGCAUGGAUAAUACAUCCAUCAACAUGCAAGCUGAUAGACCGUCUGUGGUGCCUGAGACAGAUUCUGAGUAUCCGUUAGCGGAUCUCUGGAAUCAGAUCGUCAGCAGUCGACAACUCCAGCUUGAUGGUGAAUUCCUGGACCUGUUUGCUGAGCUUCAGGCGUCUGUUGCCUCGGGACACAUUGCCAUCUCGACGCCCAUCAUUCCCACAAACAAAACAUGUGAACUUGUCGACGACAGUGCAUCUGACUUCGGUAUUGAAAUUCCUGUAUUUUCAGACGACCCGCUUCUUGAACCAGCAAUCAAAAACUUAGUCGUCUCUCCAGAUCAUCCCUUGUAUCCUUGGCCAUCGAAAGUGCAUUUCAUCACAUCUCUUUUGUUUAGCUCCCCACGCCUUCCAUUCUCUGAAGUUCAAAAGAAGGCGGUCUUGAGCUGGGCCAAGGAACUCGGUGUCCAGAAUCUUCCUUCGCUUGGCGCGAUGAAGAAAUGCCAAAGUCACCUGCAGUAUCUCGUUGGCGAUCCGACUGAAAAGGUUACGUCUCACUCCGGCAACACAUUCUACAUCAAUAAUAUUGCCAAAGCAAUUGCGAAGGACUAUGCUAAUCCUCUCACCCGCCUUGCGAUGCAGGACUAUCCGGAGGAUGGCGGAAAGGCCAUGUCGCAAGUAUUCAAUGGGAGGAAAAUGUUGCUCGAUCUCCCGUCGCCACCAGCGGUUCAGGUGAACAGGACCGUGUACUUCACGGAUGAAUUGUUGCAGGAGUCUUCGGGAGGUUAUUUUAUUCCAAACCGAUUCUUUCUAGCUGCUGGUGACACCCCCGCUGAUACCACCGAAUCCUGCGAUAAAGUGCUAUAUGCAUUGGGUCGAGCUGCUCAAUGGACAGAGGCUGGGUUCAUUGUAAGUGACGAGGAGGAGAUCAUCCCUACGUCUAUGUUUACACACUUGUUUGGAGACAUUGCCGCAACCUGCGGCAAGCUUGAUUGUGGGCUGAUGGCAUCUUCCAUCAAGUACGCGUCGCUUUCACCCAAUCCGCUGCGAGAAAAGUCGAGAGGUCGAAUGGUGUAUUCCGUUCCCUUAAUCAUUUUUAUGGACGAUGUUUCAGGUAAUAUCUCGAAGCAGUGGAACAAGCAUCACGCUAUAUACAUGUCCAACGCGAAUUUACCUCGUGAGAUGCUCGAAAAGGAAUUCUUUGUGCAAUUUGUUUCAUCCUCUCCUCAUGCUCCGCCUAUGGAAUUGAUGCGGGCCAUGAGAGAAUCUAUUUCUGAUGCAGCACAAUCUGGCGUCAUCGUGUGGGAUUGCAAGUACAACGAGGAGGUUAUGCUCAUUCCAUAUGUGCUAUUUCUCGCUGGAGAUAAUCCGAUGCAGGCUGAAGAAUGUAGCCACGCGGGCCUCAAUUGCAACUAUUUCUGCAGGACAUGCAAGGUUGGUGGAACAAAAGAGUACAAGGAAUCUGAAGCUGGCUACAACACCAUUUUUACGACACUUCAAGAGAUUCGACAACAGUUUGAAACUGCCUUCAAAUCAGGCGCCAUGACCAAAAUCCAGAACUCUGUUUCAUUGACUGGUGUGCGAGAUUCGAGUUCAGCCUCGAUUCUCAGUGCGUUGGUCGAACUCGGAAAGAAGCUUCGAAAACGUACUGCGGGAUCACAAGCUCUGCCCAAAAAUGAAGUCGAAGUCGCCCUUCGAAAAGAAUUCGAAGAACUCUUGAAAGGCGGACAACUCGAUGACAUUAUCAAUCCCCUACUGGGAACGGAUGGGUUGGAUAUUCAUAUGGACACUCCUACGGAAAUCCUUCAUACAAUACUUCUGGGCGUCGUCAAGUAUUUUUGGGGGCAGACAGUGUUUCUUCUCAAGAAAGCAAAGUUUCUCCACAUCUUCCAGUGUCAGCUCGAGUCCAUUGACAAAGACGGCCUCAAUGCUCCCUGCCUGAACGCAGACUAUAUCUGCCACUAUAAAGAUAGUCUAAUCGGUAAGCAUUUCAAAAGUUUGGUGCAAGUUAUGCCAUUCAUCAUUCACGACCUUGUUCCUCCGCCGGUCCUCAAUGCCUGGACAGUGAUUGGUGAACUUGUCGUGCUUGUCUGGCAUACGAAAAUUACAGAUACGGAAGCAUAUCUUGCAAUACUGUCUCGAACCAUCGAAGAUUUCUUGAAUGUCAUGACACAAUGUGCACCGAGCAUCCUGAUAAGCAAACCAAAGUUUCAUUUCCUCGUCCAUCUUCCUGCGUACAUUCGGCAUUUCGGCCCUGCGAUUGUUUUUUCAACUGAGCGAUACGAGUCAUUCAAUCAUGUAUUCCGUUUAUCGUGCAUCCACAGCAACCGACAGGCGCCAAGUAGAGAUACUUGCAGGAUCUUUUCACACCAGGACACGGUCAAACACAUCGCUACCGGCGGAUACUGGCAUGAUCCCACAGUUAAGAAAUGGGUCUGUGCGGGAGUACAGGUUCUAUGUUACCUUGACGAACAUCCCGAACAAGCAAAGCUUCUUGGCAUACCGAAUUUGAGUCAUAAUCCUCCAAUACCUGGUUCAGGAAGAAUUGAAACCACUACUCCCACUGCGACACAGAAGUCAGUGCGAAAAGAUGUGGUCCUGUGGAGCACUACUCGUUGUGCGAAGAUUCUUGGGACUGCUCGGCCCGGAAUCGAGCUUUAUCAGGCCAAGUCAGUUCCGGCGGACAGGAAGUUGUAUAUUGGACGUAUUCGUGAGAUUCUCGUGUCAUCCCAGGACAGUCAAACUGCAGAUCAUGUUGCGCUCCAGCUCUUCACAUUUGCAGCUGCUCUGCACCCGUCUCUCCACCUGCCGUGCAUUGAUCUUACCAACAACGAGACAGUUUCAACUGAACGGAUAGAGACCUCUCGAACGAAGGCCACAGUCAAACACAAGUCCACGCCAAACUUUUUUCUCAAUGUCUAUUCCGUGCAUAACUACGCUCACAUCCAACGUGUUGUUCCCGAUACGCUUCGAGAGACACCACUUCAGGUUACCAAUGUAGCUGAAGUCCGCGCUAUGGCCAUACGCCAACUACGAGACAAGAGAGCAGCGAAGAAAGGUGGAGAUAUGUCUCAACUGGCAGGUAGUGGCGAGGGUAUGGACGCUCAGCCAUCUUUAGCGCCACCUUCUGCCUUUGAUCAUGCUCCGGCUAAACCACGGAAGUCUGCACCUAAAGCCAAAGCAAAACCGGCCAAAGCAAGCGCAAGUGGCUCGAGUGUGCAGGGAAAAAGGAAGACGGCACCUACUCAGCAAAAUUCGGAAGCAUCAAUGCAACAUCAAAUCGUCUUUACACCACCAAUGGGACCUCCGCAACAUGUUUACUCACAGGCACUCCAGCCACCCCAUCCUCCACAUCAUUCGUCACCUCCACUCCACCAAUCACCACCCCCGUUGUAUUGCCCUCCCCCACAGUCAUAUUUUCCCUCUCAAUUCCAUGCUCCGCCAUCUCUACCUGCUCAUCAUAUUCACCCAACUCAUCGGCAAACACAAAACGUGCAGGGCACCCCAGUGGAUCCACUUUCUGCAGUGCAGGCCUCUAAUCGCUAUAUGACCUUGACGCCUCGCUUUCCUUCUGACCAUCCACAGCCCCGGCAUACUGGCUCUAUCUCUGGACCCUCCAGCUCUUCUCGUGCCCCACCAUUACACCAAUUUCAACCCUUCAUGUCUCCAGCACACCACCCGCCACAUAAUGUUGAAGGCUGCUUCCCACAGCCUCACUCAGGCUAUCCUCCCCAAGAAUCUCAGGCUCGAUAUCUGCAGAGUCAGCACUGCUACCCUCAGUUUGGUGCACCAUAUCCUGGCGGAAUGUGA